CGUUAAAGUUAAGGUAGAGUAGCCAAAGAAGGUAAACCCGCGACCGGGCAGCCGCAGCAGCAGAGAUCACAAAGAAAGUUCAAGACAAUUAAUAGCUCCGUCGUCAGAAGCUGCCGGCUACGGUACAUUCCUCCCCCUUCUCUCUCUCUCUCUCUCUCUCUUUUUUUUCAAUGUCAAUCCGAUAAAAAGUACUGUUCCGAUCCCUCUAUAGUCUAUACUCUAUACCCCAUCAUCAUCAUCAUCAGUUUCAGUUUUUUUUCUUCUCUCCUUCAUUUAUUAAGCUGUUCCUCGUUUGAGAGUUUGACUACUAUAUAUCCCCCACACACAAACCCUCAACACUUGUAUUGUCUCAUUGUUUGUGUUAAAAAAAGAAAAAAAAAGCGAAUCCUUACCAAAGAGAGAGAUCACCAGAUAUGCAGGUGGUGGCGAAGAAACUACCGGCGGUGACGGUCGCGAUGGGGAGCAGCAGCAGCAGCGUGGUGGCGGGGGCGAUGGAGGUCCCGGAGAUUACUACUGCUUCUCCCAUUACGACGGCGGAUCGUCAUCAGAAGAGCACGAGCCCGUACGAGGUGGUGCGGGAGGUGGCCGGGAGCAACGCGGUGGUGGUGUUCAGCAUGAGCGGCUGCUGCAUGUGCACCGUGGUCAAGCGCCUCCUCUUCGGCCUCGGCGUCGGCCCCACCAUCGUCGAGCUCGACCACCUCGCUUCGGGAGCUCCCGACAUCCAGGCCGUCCUCUUCCACCUCCUCCAGGAAUCCUCCUCCUCGUCCUCGGAGGGCGGCGGGGUGGCGGUGGGGAGGCAGCCGGUGCCGGCGGUGUUCGUCGGCGGGAAGUACCUGGGCGGGAUAGAGACGCUCAUGGCCUGCCACAUCAACGGCUCCUUGGUCCCUCUCCUCAAGGACGCCGGCGCCCUCUGGCUCUAAACCUCUUUAAUUACUUCCAUAAACCCUAAUUUAAAAACUCGGCAAUCUGCCGCUUUUUAACUGCUUAAUUAUUAUAUAUUUGUUUUUUUUUUUGGCCCCCUUUUUGACUUAAUAUCCAUAGGAACAUGAUGUUAGGAACUUGUCGGAAAUCAUGAUAUGUGGUUACGUUACGUAUAUUUCCAAAGCUUACUUUACUCGUGCUUAAUAUAAUGUAGAGGAGGGAAGCUAAUGAUCAGCUUAAUUGAUGACACCAUCCUAAUUAAACGGAUGCCAUUGU